CUGCCUGGUCCUUCUGGCUCACACAGCCGCCUCCAGCCCAGCCCUGCUUGGUGUGGAGCAGCGCGGGUUCGGCGCAGAACAGCCCAGGAGAGCAGGUCUAUAGCUCUGCUACUCUGGAGCAAGAAUCACCAAGAUGCCCAUCCUGGAAAAGGUCCCCCAAAAGAUGGCUGCAAAAUCUAGCAGUGAGGAGGAGCCGGACCUACCCAAAUUGCCAGUGCCCCCACUGCAGCAAACACUGGCCACCUACCUGCAAUGCAUGCAGCACCUGGUCCCUGAGGAGCAGUUCAGGAAGACCCAGGCCAUUGUGACGCGGUUUGGGGCCCCUGGAGGCCAGGGUGAGACCCUGCAAGAAAAACUAUUGGAGAGGCAGGAAAAGACAGCCAACUGGGUAUCUGAAUACUGGCUCAAUGACAUGUAUCUCAAUAACCGCCUGGCCCUGCCAGUCAACUCUAGCCCAGCUGUGAUCUUUGCGCGGCAGCAUUUCCAAGACACCAAUGACCAGCUACGAUUUGCAGCCAGCCUCAUCUCUGGUGUGCUCAGCUACAAGGCUCUGGUGGACAGCCAUUCCCUCCCCACUGACUGGGCCAAGGGUCAACUCUCAGGGCAGCCCCUCUGUAUGAAGCAGUACUACAGGCUCUUCUCCUCUUACCGGCUUCCUGGCCAUACCCAGGACACACUGGUGGCCCAGAAGAGCAGCAUCAUGCCUGAGCCUGAGCAUGUCGUCGUGGCCUGCUGUAACCAGUUCUUUGUCUUGGAUGUUGUCAUUAAUUUCCGCCGUCUCAGUGAGGGUGAUCUGUUCACUCAGUUGAGAAAGAUAGUCAAAAUGGCAUCCAACGAGGAUGAACGCUUGCCUCCAAUCGGCCUGCUGACGUCAGACGGGAGGAGCGAGUGGGCCAAGGCCAGGACGGUCCUCCUAAAAGACUCCACCAACCGGGACUCCCUGGACAUGAUUGAGCGCUGCAUCUGCCUGGUGUGCCUGGAUGUUGCCGGUCCUGGGGAUCUCAGUGACACCCACAGGGCGCUCCAGCUCCUUCAUGGCGGAGGCUGUAGCUUGAAUGGAGCCAAUCGCUGGUAUGACAAGUCCCUGCAGUUUGUGGUGGGCCAGGAUGGCACCUGCGGUGUGGUGUGUGAGCACUCCCCAUUUGACGGCAUCGUCCUGGUACAGUGCACGGAGCACCUGCUGAAACAUAUGAUGAAGGGCAACAAGAAGCUGGUCCAAGCUGACUCAGUGAGUGAGCUCCCUGCCCCCAGGAGGCUGAGGUGGAAAUGUUCCCCAGAAACUCAAGGCCACCUUGCUGCCUCGGCAGAGAAACUUCAAAGAAUAGUAAAGAACCUGGAUUUCAUUGUUUAUAAGUUUGACAACUAUGGAAAAACAUUUAUUAAGAAGCAGAAAUGCAGCCCUGAUGCCUACAUCCAGGUGGCCCUCCAGCUGGCCUUCUACAGGCUUUAUCAGAGACUGGUGCCCACCUAUGAGAGCGCAUCCAUUCGCCGGUUCAGGGAAGGUCGGGUGGACAACAUCAGAUCGGCCACUCCAGAGGCUCUGGCUUUUGUGCAAGCCAUGACUGACCACAAGGCUGCCAUGCUGGCUUGUGAGAAACUGCAGCUGCUGAAGUCAGCCAUCCAAGCCCAGACUGAGUACACAGUCAUGGCCAUAACUGGCAUGGCCAUUGACAACCACCUGCUGGCACUGAGGGAGCUGGCCCGGGACCUGUGCAAGGAGCCGCCUGAGAUAUUCAUGGAUGAAACAUACCUGAUGAGCAACCGGUUCGUCCUCUCCACCAGCCAGGUGCCCACAACCAUGGAGAUGUUCUGCUGUUACGGUCCCGUGGUCCCCAAUGGGUAUGGGGCCUGCUACAACCCUCAGCCUGAGGCUAUCGUCUUCUGCAUCUCCAGCUUUAACAGCUGUAAAGAGACCUCUUCUGUGGAGUUUGCAGAAGCCGUGGGAGCGAGCCUUGUUGAGAUGAGAGAUCUCUGCAGUUCGUGGCAGCCUGCUGAGGGCAAGCCACCAGCAACAAAGGAGAAAGCUAAAGGCCCACCCAGGGCAAACAAUCUUGACUCCUGCCACUAGCCUGACCUCCUGCAGGAGCCAGACCCUACCAAGCCCUGCUUCCCAUCCCCACCCCAGCCUUUUGUUGCUUCCCUACCCCCAAACCACAGACUGUGUGGGGAGGCAUCACACAAAGCUGGCAUGUUAGGAAAAUGAGUCCCUCGUUAUUUAUCAAGGCAGCCUUGGGCCUUUACAACUGGAACAGAGACUAGCCCAGCUU